GUUUAUAUUGGUGAAGUAUACGCAAUAAUCUGUAUACUUUACUUGAACUACGAGUUUGGUACACCAAUGUAGAUUAUUCUAAGCCUACUUCUGACAAACCAGAACACUCCUUCAAGAUUGUGUGGAACAAAUCAUCCACGUGUCCUAUCCUCUAACUUCUACUUGUGGACCCCACCCCUCCUCCAAUCCCAUAGAAGAUUCUCAAGAAUCUUCUUCCCAUCUUCCAUUUCUUCUCUUCUAUUAUCACAAGCAAUUUCAAGUUAAUAGUUAGCUAAACCCACAAAAUUACUAAUAAAAAUCUAAUAAAGUCCUGUACAUUUCACCAUAUUUAACAAAAAAAAAAAAUCUGGGUUAGAGAAAAAAGUAGCAAUAAACAAUACCCAGAAGGGAAAGGAAGAGAAAAUGAGAUCAUUGAAUUCUGGGUUUGAGAUAAUUGAUCUUCAUAGUUCAUGGCAAUCUAUGUAUCAAACUCAGGUAUCAACCUUUAAUUUUCUUAAAAAUGCUUACUUUUUUUCACCUGUCUCUGGGGCAUUUCGUCAAGCACGUAGUGGGCGUAAAGGUAUUGCUCCUUCUAGACCAUCUAUACCGAAUAUUCGGUCACCUGAGAUUCGUCGGCCUGUAGAUAGGUUCUUUAUUGGAAAUGGGUUGUCUUCAAAUUCUCUUGUUUCAGUGCCAAAUACUUUGAUUUCAAGUAAUCAGAAGAUGGAAGAAUUGACUUCAGAAUUGGAGGUUUUUCUUGAAUUGGUACCGUCUAGGAUGAGGAAUAAUUUGGCUUGUCACCAAGAGAUUGUGGAUUUGAUUGAAGUUGUUCUUGAUUUUGGACGGAAGCCACUUGCGCGGUUUCCGUCUGGUGAUUGGAUUAUUUCUGAUGAGACUGUUAAGCUUGAAGAUUUGCAGUAUGCUAUUUCUAAGGUGGGUGAUUUUUCUGAUGACAAUCGAUCAGGUAUAGAUCGUUCACUGCAUCGUAUAAGUGCCAUUCGAAACCGUAAGAUGCAAAUAAUUGGGCUCACUUGUCGGGUGGGUAGAGCGGUUUGUGGGAGUGCAGAGAUCAUCCGUGAUUUGAUUGAGGGGGGAGGGUCAAUUUUGGUUAUAGGACCUCCCGGAGUUGGCAAAACCACCUUGAUCAGGGAGAUUGCAAGAAUGUUGGCCGAUGAGCGCAACAAACGUGUAGUAAUUGUAGACACAUCGAAUGAGAUUGGCGGUGAUGGUGAUGUUCCACAUUCGGGUAUUGGCCGUGCAAGAAGGAUGCAAGUCCCUAAUGUCAACAUGCAGCAUAAUGUAAUGAUUGAAGCUGUCGAAAAUCAUAUGCCUGAGACAAUUAUAAUCGAUGAAAUUGGAACGGAGCUUGAAGCUUUGGCUGCCAGUACCAUUGCUCAAAGGGGAGUUCAACUUGUUGGGACUGCACAUGGUAUGGUCAUCGAAAAUAUCAUAAAAAAUCCUUCUCUUCAGCUGCUUGUCGGUGGUAUAGAGAGUGUUACUUUGGGUGAUGAAGAAGCAAGGCGAAGAAAAGUGCAGAAGACAGUUCUCGAGAGAAAAGGUCCUCCCACUUUUACAUGUGCGGUUGAAAUGAUAUCUAGAACUGAAUGCCGUGUCCAUCACAGAUUAGAUGCAACAGUUGAUGCUAUACUUGCAGGGAAACCUCCUCUGUAUGAAAUCCGUCACAUGGAUCCUGAAGUGAAAUCAUCGGAUAAUUUGGUGCCAAUCCAUGACAAGCAACAGAAAGAAGAAUCCGAGUUUGUUAAGCAUACUACUAUAAAUACUGAAACAGAGACUGAGGAUGAAGAGUUGGGUGUACAUCAAUAUGCCAAGAGGAGAAGCAUGAAGGGUUUGAGAAAGAGCCGUUCACAGGUGUUUGUGUACACUUAUAAGAUAUUGGAAGCUGAUUUGAUGCAAGUGGCAGAGGUACUGGGACUAGAAGAUGUUAUAAACGUUACCGAUGAUAUUGGAACAGCAGACGCAAUCUUGGCCUCCACUUCAGAAAUGAAGCAGAACCCAUGGGUUCGGGGUGUUGCUAAAUUUCACCAAAUCCCUAUAUUUGUUAUCAAGUCAAACACGAUGGCACAAAUGGUAAAGGCGAUACGUAUGAUUCUUGGGAUGGAGUCUUUUGGCUCAAUGUCAAAGCUUCCUUCCAAAAAUGUGCUCGACAUCGAGAUUGAAGAUGAUGCACCUGCAAGGAAACCCUCGUUGGAAGAACUUGAUGCUUUAGAGGAAGUUCGACUUGCAAUCGAGUAUAUUGUGAUUCCGGGCGGGGAGGCAGUAGAGCUUCUUCCUCGACGUUCCGAGAUAAUUGCUCGACAACUCGAACUUGUAGAAAGUUAUCAGUUAGCUGCAGAGAAUUCAGGUACAGCAUUGAACCCAAGAUUACAAAUUCUUCCAUCUAAAUCAAAGAAAAAGACUUCAACCAAAUACUUCAAAUUUGUUUCCUCUGACGAUGAAAUAAGCCCUAAACCAUCAACUGGUGCCAAAGAAGGCACCACCGUCGCCCGGUUGCCCCUCCUGCCUGAAUAGUGCUAAAUGAACUUAUUACUUGUACACAAAUUGUCGUAGAAGACGGUCUCAUCGAGACUCGCGUCUUAUAUAUGGGUUAAGAAGCCCAUCUAAUACAGACUACGAAAAUAUGAGCUCUUUAUUUGAGAUCGUAUCACUAAGAGACAGUCUCUCACAAGAGUAGCUUUUGUAUCAUAUGUAUCCUGUACAGUGAUGUAAAUAUGACUUCUUUGCAGUAAUUUAUUUUAUUUGUAUCCAUUCUUCAUAAUUGUGUAAGAUCACAGAAAUUGUAAUCAUUUCAUCUGUAAAAUCUCUUGUUAAUGCUGAUUACGUCUUUGAUGCC